AGCACAGAUCAAUGAAAGUUGAAGUGUAACUGCCUGUCCAUUGAUUGCCAAACUUUAAGAGAGGACAGUUUUCCUUUUGACCAUUUGUGGUUUCUCUCAAUUUAGGACUGAAUAGUAGUUUCCCCAGACAGGACAUGGAUCUAAGAUUACUUGUCUUCCUUUUCCUCUGUUACUGCCAACAAGGCUGGACGGAGGAUGUCGUUUCAGAGGAUGAAAAGCCAGCUGUGAUUCCUCUCACACCCCUGAUGACCAGCGCUCCCCGAACAGAUGCAGAAAGCUCCAACGUGUCCCACACAGAAGAUUUUACCCAAGAUGGCUUUUCUAUCUCUACCCCCACUGCCGAACAUGCAGAGAGCUCCUCAGAGGAAGACCUGGAUGAGUUGUGUGGUCCGCUGAAUUCUAAAGAACUUCGACGGGCCGUAGGUAGUGGGAUUAUGAAGUUUGGUCUGGAGCUGUUGGAGAACCUGAAGGCAGAUUCGAAACAAUCGAACAUUAUUAUCUCCCCCCUCAGUGUGUCCUUAGCGCUCUCUCAGUUGGCUCUGGGGGCGAGGAAUGACACCGAAAAGCUCCUUCUUCAAAGCCUACAUGCUGAUACAGUGCCAUGCUACCACAAAGCACUGAAAAGCCUUCUCCACCAUGUCCACAAAAACGCCCUGCAAAUCGCAAGCCGCAUCUACCUUGCUGAUGGAUUUAAGCCAAACCAGGAGUUUUUGGAAGAGUCUUUCAAAAUAUAUGAUUCAAAGCCUGCAGCUUUGACUGAUCUAGAGGAGAUCAAUGAGUGGGUGGAGAAAUCCACUAAUGGUCAUGUUACAGACUUCCUGUCUAGUCUCCCUCCCAACCUUGUCAUGAUGCUUAUCAAUGCUGUGCACUACAAAGGAGAGUGGCUCUGGCGCUUUGACCCUCAUUUCACCUCCAGUGAGCCUUUUUAUAUUGAUGAAAAACAAAUAGUCAAUGUUGACAUGAUGCUUGGGCCAAAAUACCCACUCAGCCUUUUCAACCAUAAUGAACUUGAUGCACAGAUUGCUCGCUUUCCAUUCAAAGGGAAUAUGAGCCUGAUAAUUGUAAUGCCCAUGAAUGGACCAGUUGACGUGUCAGAUAUUGCAGCCAAACUCAAUAUCUCAGAACUAUAUAAUCAAUUCCCACGAGAGAGAAGCAUGCUGGUUAAGCUCCCUAAAUUCAAAUUACAUUUUACUCAGGAACUUGAAGAGGCCCUGACAAGCAUGGGUCUAGGGGAGCUGUUCUCAAGUCCUAAUCUGAGUGGUAUCUCAGAGGGACCCCUGCUGGUCUCCAGUGUACAGCACAAGUCCAGCAUUGAGAUCAACGAGGAGGGAGCAGAGGCUUCGGCUGCAACCAGUGUAGCUGUCAGCCGCUCCAAUCCCUCUUUUACAGUCAACCAGCCUUUUCUCUUGGCCCUUAUAGAUGAUUCCACUCAAACACCACUUUUUAUGGGGGUUAUUUUUAACCCUAACCCUAGCGGAACUACUUCAACAUUAGGUCCAAACCUUUCAGAUAAAGGAAAGUUUCUUAGUAAAGAUAAUUUUGACAAGCCACCCAAGUAAGGGUGCUUAUUUAUGUCUUUAGUGCUGACCUGCCUCCAAAUAACCAAAUCAAGACGUGCAACAAAUCUAGGCUCAGUUAGAAUAUGUUUAAUGGGCAUGUUACAAAUAUGGCAAUGACAUAUAUUUGAGUUUUUAAAAAGUUUCUUUUAUAUAAAUGACCUUUCAGCUGAGAAUCAAGCUUACAUUGACAGCAUAUAACUCUGUUUUACUGCUGUUGUAAAAGCAUGUGUUUGAUAAUUAAAUAAAUGUAUUUUUAAAAAUGAA